UGUAGCGCGUCCCGCCGCCUCGCCCUUGAGGCGACUGGAAGAAAGCGCGGGAUUAUGAGGGAGCUGAGUCUGUGGGCGCUGCUGGCGCUGCUGGCGCCGGGGGGCUGCUCUCCUGGCGAGGGGCUCCUCUUCCCUUUCGGCUCGGCUCGGGGCGACGAGGCGUUGGAAGCGGGGGACGAUGUCAGCUCCGCGCCUCUCUCGCUCGACACGCCGCUCCACUUCUACGGCUCCAGAGUCCAGUCCCUCUACGUUCUUACUAAUGGCAUCAUAGCAGUGAGUAGGCCAUUAAGAGAAGACGACUAUCUUGGUCAAUUUCCCCUUAGUUUUGGAGGUCUUGCUCCCUUUUAUGCUGACUUGGAUACUACAGGUGGACGUGGAAAUGUAUAUUACAGGAAAGAUUCUUCCCCUGAGAUCCUCCAACUUGCUGCCAAGUACAUCAAAAGGGGCUUUCCAAAUACUACCUUUGAUCCAGAGAGUGUUGUCAUUGUGACCUGGGAUUCUGUGGCUCCUUAUGUAGGAUCUAGUCAAGAUGCUACUUUACAAGUGAAGAGAAACACAUUCCAGGCUGUUUUAGUGUCUUCUGAUUCUAGUUCCUAUGCGAUUUUCCUUUAUCCAGAGGAUGGUUUGCAGUUCUAUAGUACACAUUCCAAAAAUGAUAACACAGUUGUUCCAGCAACUGUUGGCUUUAGUCAACCUUCUAUAUCUUACUUCUUAUGGGAAAAAGCUGGAUCAUACAAUGUAAUUGCUAACGAUGAAGAGAUCCUAAGGAACCUGUGCAUGGCCAGCAAUUUGGGACAACCUGGAGUUUGGGCAUUUGAGAUUGGUGGCUCAAAUGACAUCCUAUCGGCCAAAGUUACUCAGUCUCCUGCCAGUGUAGAAUACAAUGACUAUGAGCAAUUUCAGGAAGUGACCCUACACCCUUCCAUUCUUCACCAAGAUCCCAUUGAAGUAAGCCAUCCAGAAGUCUCCUAUGAUGUUUCUGACAGAGGAGAUAAUUUUCAGACUGGAUACAGCUUACCUGAGCCAGCAAUAGAAGAUGAUUUUCAGCUUCCAUACCAAACUUUAACUGAUCAGCCUCCAGUUAAACCUCCACUCCCAACAGGGAAAAAUCCACCUGUACGGUUUCCAAUCCAUCAAUUUCCCAACCAGCACACUCAGAUUAUUGAAGUAGAAGAAGAUGAUGAAACUGGAAUUGUGUUCCGUUACAAUACAGAUGUCCAGCAAAGCUGUACAAACAACCGCCAUCAGUGUUCAGUUCAUGCUGUUUGCAAAGACUACCCGAGUGGCUUUUGUUGCAGUUGUAUUGUUGGCUACAAAGGAAAUGGCAGGCAAUGUGUAGCUGAAGGUUCUCCUCAGCGAGUCAAUGGAAAAGUCAAAGGACGGAUCUUUGUUGGAAACAACCCAAUACCAGUUGUAUUUGAGAAUACUGACCUCCACUCAUAUGUUGUGAUGAACCAUGGGCGUGCAUACACGGCCAUUAGCACAAUUCCAGAAACUUUGGGUUUCUCCUUGCUUCCUCUUGCUUCUAUUGGGGGUAUCAUUGGAUGGAUGUUUGCCGUGGAACAGGAAGGUUACCAAAAUGGAUUCAGUGUUACUGGUGGGGAGUUUACAAGGCAAGCAGAAGUUACCUUCCUCAGCAACAAUGAAAAGCUGAUCAUCAAGCAGAAGUUCAGUGGGAUUGAUGAACAUGGGCAUCUUACAAUCAGCACCGAACUUGAAGGCAAAGUUCCUGAGAUCCCAUUUGGCUCAUCUGUCCAAAUAGAGCCUUACACUGAGCUUUAUCACUCUUCUAGUUCAGUUAUCACAUCCUCUUCUACUAGAGAGUAUACUGUGACGGAGCCAGAAAGAAAUGGAGUAUCACCAACAUACACAGUUUCUUAUCAGUGGCGACAAACUAUUUCGUUUGAUGAAUGCAUCCAUGAUGAUUCCCAUCAUUCUGGUUCAGCCACUCAGCAGCUGUCAGUGGACAGUGUUUUUGUGUUAUAUAACAAAGAGGAGCAGAUUUUGCGAUAUGCAAUGAGCAAUUCAAUUGGUCCCAUUGAUGGUUCGGGUGAUGUAAGCCGCAAUCCUUGUUACACAGGCACCCAUGGCUGUGAUAUUAAUGCAGUUUGUCGUCCAGGAACAGGCAAUCAAUUUACCUGUGAAUGCUCAGUGGGUUUCCGGGGAGAUGGACGGACAUGUUAUGAUGUAGAUGAAUGCCAGGAGCAGCAAACAGUGUGUGGCAGUAAUGCUGUGUGUAAUAAUCAGCCAGGGACUUUCCGAUGUGAAUGUUUAGAGGGUUAUCAGUUUUCAGAUGAUGGACGGACGUGCAUAGCUGUUGACCGUGUAGUGAAUCACUGUUUGAUGGGUUCGCACACAUGUGAUAUCCCGCAACGUGCCCGCUGCAUCUACUCCGGUGGAUCUUCUUAUAUCUGUGCAUGUAUUCCGGGGUUUUCUGGAGAUGGACGUUCCUGCAUAGAUGUAGAUGAAUGUCAAUCGAACCGUUGCCAUCCAGAUGCUGACUGCUACAACAGUCCAGGGUCCUUCAGCUGCCAAUGCAAAGCAGGUUAUCAUGGAGAUGGCUUCCACUGUGUAUCACAAGAAGUAGAGAAGACCAAAUGUCAAAGAGAACAAGAACAAAUUCUGGCUUUGGGCCCAAGAGGACAUAGGCCAAUUGGUCAAUUUAUUCCCCAAUGUGAUAUCUAUGGGAAUUACUUGCCAACCCAGUGCCAUCCUAGCACUGGCUACUGCUGGUGUGUAGACAGAGAUGGUAAUGAGAUGGAUGGUACUAGAAGUGGCCCAGGUAUCCAGCCUCCAUGUUUGGGCACAGUUGCUCCUCCUGUUACAAUUGGACCCUCGGUAAAACCAGAUGCAAUUCCCCUGCCUCCAGGAAGCCACUUACUCAUUGCUCAGAGUGGGAAGAUUGACCAUGUCCCUCUGGAGGGGAAUGUUAUGAAGAAAUCAGAUGCAAAAGCUUUGCUGUAUGUACCAGAUAAAGUUGUUAUUGGAGUUGCUUAUGACUGCUUGGAGAAGAUGGUUUAUUGGACAGAUAUCAGCAGCCCAUCCAUCAGUAGAGCAAGCCUUGGUGGAGGAGAGCCAGUAUCCAUCAUAAAGACAGAUUUGGAAAGUCCUGAAGGAAUAGCCCUGGAUCCCCAUGGUCGUACUAUCUUCUGGACUGAUUCUCAGCUUGACAGAAUAGAGGUAGCCAAAGUAGAUGGCACUCAUCGACGUGUAUUGUUUGACACUGAGCUGGUGAAUCCUCGAGCCAUUGUUGCAGAUCCUGUGAGGGGAAACCUUUAUUGGACAGACUGGAACAGAGAAGCUCCUAAAAUCGAAACCUCCUAUAUGGAUGGUACCAACAGAAGAAUUCUUGUUAAGGAUGAUUUGGGACUGCCAAAUGGGCUGACACUUGACACCUAUUCCUCAUUGUUGUGCUGGGUAGAUGCAGGGACCAAAAGUGUAGAAUGCAUGGAUCUCAAUCAACAUAGCCGACGAAAGAUCCUUGAAGGAAUUCAAUAUCCUUUUAGCAUUACAAGCUAUGGGAAGAAUUUAUUUUACACUGACUGGAGAAGAGAUGCCGUGGUCGCAGUGGAUCGCACAAUCUCUAAAGAGAAUGAUAACUUUCAACCCUAUAAGCGCACUCGUCUUUAUGGAAUAACAACAGCCUGGGCUCAAUGUCCAUCAGGACGUAACUACUGUUCCGUGAAUAAUGGAGGCUGUACUCAUCUAUGUCUGGCUACCCCAGGAGGCCGUUCUUGCCGAUGCCCAGAUAACAUCAUUGGAGUGGACUGUAUAGAAAGGAACUGAAAACUGUAGCUCCCACCCUGGGGAACUACACUGCCACUAAGUAAGCAGCAAGUUUCCUUAAGCUAAUGGAAAGAUUCCUAAGAUAAUCAUUGCUCUCUCCCUUGGGGCUGGAAGCACACUGCAGUCAAAUAUUGGCACUUCUCUGCAGCCACUUGUUAUACAUUCCUUUUUUAAAAGAAACAAAAGAACACAAAAUAUAACAACUACCUGUAACUGUGCCAGUUAAAUAAAUCCGCCUAAACCAUUUAUUGUAUGAAUUAUGGUAACAGGAUGUUACAAAGCACAAGAGAAUCAAAUAUGAAACAUCCAUGUACGGAGUCAUACUUUGGCAAUUCAUGUAUAACUUAUAACUAGUACAACUGAAUGCUGGGCAGUAAAACACCAUGAAGGAAUUUAAUGAAAUGACUUGAAGCCCAAAAUGUAGGCAUUUAUUUGUAAUGAUAAUCAGCUACCUAAGCCAAAGAAUCUCAUGUUUUUAUGCCAAAUAUCUUGAGUACAAUCAGUUUUCCACAGAACCCUUGAGAAUACAAAUAAUAUUAGAUGCUCUAUUAAGAAGGAUUAAAGCAGGGUGAUAUUAAAAAUUAGUGACUUCUCAGUACAAUUCUCUUAAUGCUAUCUUUUCCCCAACUUAAUUUUCUAGAAAGCAAUUGGGGAAGUAAAAGGAUAUAUAUGAAUUAUUUGUCUAAUUUCAGUGGAAGAAUAAACACCCUUUAGCAAACGAUUGCAAAUUCCUUUGCUCUUUGGUAUGGCCUUGUGGAUAUCUGCAUUAAGCAGCAAAAGGUGUAAACAGUGGGAAAAACGAUUUCAGAAAAUUUGCCAAAUACAUAAAUUUUAUAUCUAUUUUUUCUAGUAGAGGUAGUCCUUGUUUAGCAACUGUCUUGGAUAGCAAUUGUCCAUAGAUAUCAUAGUAAUAAAUGGUAAUUAAAAUCAUUUUCCAAACAAUGCGUGCAUUUAUGACAAAAAAAGUGUAGAAACUGAUUAAAAUCUGGUCAGUUUCAGCCAGCAUUGGAGGAAAUGAACUUAAGUUGAGGUUAGCACUUUUUAGGGAAGUACUGGGCUACGGAGGAAAGCAACUCACUAAUAGCUUGUUUAAGCAAUUUCCCUGCAAGAGGGAAAAGAAGAAGACAAUCAGGCACAGGACACUGUAUGAGGCAACCUUUCUGAAGGAGAAGGCAGUGAUCUUUGCAGUGUCUCUCUCUUCUUUCUGUUGUAUGUCCCCUUAUUGUUCAUUUGACUUAGCAACUGAGUGGUUGGAACCUAUUGCAGUCACUAAAUGAGGACUACUUGUAGUUUCUUUGUGUCCAAUUUAGAUGUGCUUUUUAAUUACAUAUGGCAAGGGCAAUUGCUAUUGUGAAUUAUUUUCUUUAGUCAUUGUGUUUAUUCUAUGAUUUCCUUGAAAUUAAGAAAAAAAGGAGUUGAUUUUCUGUGCCACUUGCUAGCAUCCAAUUUAACAAGGUAGAGUCUUAUAACCCACAGAUUAUUUCCAAAUGGUUUAGGAAGGUUUGCUUCUGUGGUAAAGUAUAUCUACAGCCCAACAAGCAAAUAAAAUUUGUCAAGAUAGCUGUUUUAAAGGGCAGCAAUUUAUUUUUUUAAGAAAAUAAAAUAUGCAUCAGAAAUCAUAGCUCACCAGACUUCCAUGUAAGGAAAGCAGAGCCAAUAUUAAGUCUCUGAUUACAUUUUCAUGUUAUAUUUAUCAUUGCAAUAUAAAAUACUAUAUUAAAUGUUUAAAUUUGAUAUAACUUUUGUAUAACUUUAAUACAUUUAAUUUUUUUUCAUUCUGUUAGAAAUAUCUGAAACUGUAAAUCAAACAGAAAAAAACUGCUGAAACAAACAAGGUGCUUCUUAAAAAAACAGUAACCAGUGUUAUUUCAAGUUCAGGUGACAAAGAAAGUUUACACUGUAAUCAAAUAAUUUUCACACUGCCAAUAAAAUAAUUUUUGUAAAAAAA